CACGUCCUUUUCCGAAUAUCGAAAUUCUCAGGCCACGCGUUUUUCGGUUUUUCUUAGUAGUUGACUUUUUAAUUUUGUUUCUCUGAUUAACUGGAGGACGAACGUUUCCUGAGAUGAAGCUGUACUCUAACCCGGGCAACCCGCACGCCCUGAAGAUACUCGCUUGCGCCAACCUGGCUGGUCAGGAGGUCGAAGUCGAGCUGGUCCCAAUCACUGAUAAAAGGUUCCAAUGCCCAAAAAAGCUUCCAGUUCUUGAACUACCAUCUGGAUAUUCAAUAUUUUCGAGCAAUGUUGCAUGCUCUUAUUUGUUCCGUCCGCCUAAAAAAUUAGAAGUUGCGACAACAGAAUGGCUCACUUGGGACACCGUCAAACUGCAGCCUUUGAUCCCUUUCAUUGGGACUAAAACUGAACCCACAGAUAAAAUUGAGUUCGUCUUGACAGAACUCAACAACACCUUGAACAUCAAGCAAUAUUUAGUGUCGGAUCAAUUAACAUCAGCAGAUAUAUGUGUUUGCUUUACCCUGUAUCCUCUGUUGUUUGACGAAAAGCUUGGUAAACAGUUUUUACUGAAUAGACAGAAUAUAUUAAAAUGGAGUAAACAUGUAUUGACUCUAGAUCAAGUCAAGUCUGCUAGUAAAAAGUUUGAAGUAAAGUCAGGCGAAGAAGCUUUACUAAGUGUUACUAAUUCAAGCUGGUUCCCAUCACCAACAUCAGAAAAUAUUGUUCUACCUGAUUUUGAUUCAGAUCAGGAGCAUGAACAGGAAGUGGUAUUAUCUCAGAACCAUAUUUUACAAGCGACAAAAUCUUGGGAAAGUGGAUUAGACACUAGAUCAAACCUUGUUCUUCCUUCUCAACCAGUGUUACCUGUGAAAGACAAGAAAAACGUAUUGAUUACAUCAGCCUUACCUUAUGUAAACAACGUACCUCAUCUCGGCAACAUAAUUGGCUGUGUUCUUUCUGCCGAUGUUUUUGCAAGAUACUCACGUUUCCGAGGGCACAAUACUUUUUUUGUUUGUGGCACAGAUGAAUAUGGUACAGCCACAGAAACAAAGGCCUUGGAAGAGGGUCUCACGCCGCAACAGAUUUGUGACAAAUAUUUUGAGAUCCAUGACAACGUGUACAAAUGGUUUAAUAUAUCUUUUGAUUACUUCGGUCGGACAACAACCGCAGAACAAAAGGAAGUUGUGCACGAAAUGUUCAAGUCAUGUUACAAUAAUGGUUACACUAGUACCUCAUCAGUUGACCAAUUAUUAUGUGAAAAUUGUAACAGGUACUUAGCUGAUAGAUUUGUUGAAGGCAUUUGCCCAGAUUGCAAAUAUGAAGAUGCUAGGGGCGAUCAAUGUGAUGGUUGUGGCCACCUAAUCAAUGCUGUCGAAUUGAUUGACCCCAAGUGUAAAUUAUGUAAGAACACACCUGUUAUUAAACAGUCUAAACAGAUUUUCAUAGAACUACCUAAGGUUGAAGAAAAGUUGAAAAAAUGGGUUGCUGAAACAUCAAAAGGGUGGUCACACAAUGCACGUGUGAUUACGGAGGCCUGGUUAAAAGGGGGUCUCAAGCCAAGGUGCAUAACGAGAGAUCUCAAAUGGGGCGUUCCUGUGCCUUUAGAAGGUUUUGAACAAAAAGUAUUUUAUGUCUGGUUUGAUGCUCCUAUUGGUUACAUGAGCAUGACUAAAAGAUACACUGACAAGUGGUUGAAAUGGUGGCAGCCAAGCUCAACUGAAAAGGUUGUACUUUACCAAUUCAUGGCCAAAGACAAUGUACCAUUCCACAGUAUAAUGUUUCCGGCUACUUUAAUGGCCUCUAAUGGAAACUAUACUAUCGUGAACCAUUUAAUGGCAACUGAGUAUUUAAAUUAUGAAAACGGCAAAUUUUCAAAAUCGAGAGGCAUUGGUGUGUUUGGCAAUGAUGCAAAAGACACAGGGAUUCCGAGUGACAUAUUCAGGUUCUACCUGCUUUACAUUCGGCCAGAAUCCCAGGACACAAAUUUCUCCUGGGCCGACUUGGCAUUGAAGAAUAACACAGAAUUAUUAAACAACCUUGGAAAUUUCAUUAUGAGGACCUUGUCAUUUGUUGAUAAAUGUUACAACAGUAUAAUUCCUCUCAUUAAGCUGAAAACUGAAGAACAAGAGCUCCUAGGUAACAUUUCGUUAGAACUUAACAGUUAUGUCAGAUCUAUGGAUAAGUCCAAGUUUAGGGAUGGUAUAAAAUAUAUCUUGAACAUAUCCAGACAUGGGAAUCAGUAUAUGCAAAACACUAAGCCUUGGGUUCUUAUUAAAGGCUCUGAAUCUGACAAGGAAAAGUCUGCAACAGCUGUUGCACUUCUUAGCAAUGUGGUCUGCCUUAUUGCAAGCCUGUUGCAGCCAUUCAUGCCUGAAACUGUUCAAACAAUCGCAACCCAAGUGAACCUUCCCGUUGAAAUGUUUACCAUUACAGAUACUUUCUACCCCUACCUCAAAACAGGCCAUGUAAUUGGAAAGGUUUCACCACUUUUUCAAAAAAUCGAACAAGAUUUCAUGGAAAACCUCAAGGCCAAAUAUGCUGGUAAACAGAACUCACCUUCUCCAACUUUUGUAACAGUGCCAAGUGUGGUUGUCGACUCUACGGUAAUGGACAGAGCCAAGGCAGUAGCAUCACUCGAAGAGGCUGUUGCAAAGCAAGGUGACUUGGUACGAUCAAUGAAAGCAGCAGGCAAGAGCAAAGAUGAGUUGAAACCUAUGAUCAAUACUCUACUUGACCUUAAAAAACAGCUUGCGGCACUGAAGGAAAACGUUGGUCAAGAUAAGAUGGGAUCUCAAGUAACAAAUGAAAGCGAUCGAGUAACUGAACCAGCAAAAAUAAAUGAUGUGGCAACUCUAGAAGAAUUGAUAGCCAAACAGGGCGAUCUUGUGAGAGCAAUGAAGGCUGCCUCAAAAAGCAAAGAGGAGGUUAAACCUCAGAUUGACAAGUUGCUCGAUUUAAAAAAACAGCUUGCUCUACUUAAGGGUGAACCCGAGGAAAGCAAAAAACUAAAGAAUGGUCCUGUUGCAAAAACCCAACAGAGCAUUUCUGGAAAAAAGAAGAAUAAAAAGAAAUGACAUAAAAAUUAAUAAAUUUAUUUAUUUAUUUUAAAAUUUAGUAAUUUAUUGUUAACCUUUCUGUGAUCAAGUUGUUUGUUUUAUCUACUUUGUAGUUAAAACUUAAUGCUUUAUUUAAACAAACAGUAUUAUUAUUUAUUGAAUAUUAAAUUUUAAAGCCUACAAUUGUGAAUUUAGUUGUAUUUGGAUUUUUACUUCAAAAUAAGGCAAUUUUCUAAUAUUAUACAUUCUAUAUAAUAUAUUCUACACUCUAUACAUUCUUCUAUAUAUGUGUAUAUUAUGCUUUACAAACACAAAAUUAGAAGUUUAGAAAUCAUAAACUAAAGGGUUACAGCAAAUUUAAAAGUGCAGAAAGUAUGUUCAUAUGUUAAAACAUGUUGGUAUGGUUAUGUAAUUAAAAUAAUUUGUAUCAUACAUGCAUUUUUAGACAUAAUAAAAACUAUCGUUUUGUCUUUCAAUGUAA